AUGGCCCCUCGUAUUCACAUCAAGCAACAGGAAACUCGUCACCCGUCAUGUCAACUCGAGAUCGUGGUGAUUGGCGCAGGUCUUGCCGGGCUUGGGUCUGCAAUUAGCUGUGCCUUAUCCGGACAUAAAGUGCACAUCCUCGAAGCCGCCUCGGAAAUCAAAGAAGUCGGAGCUGGAAUUCAGGUUUUGCCUAACAGUUCUCGUGUCCUUCAACACUGGGGCCUGGAAAAGGCAUUGACACCCCACAUGACACUACCGAGAGUCUGUAAUUUCAUCGGAUGGAAAGGAAACCCCAUUUCCUUCCUGGACUUUCAUCAAUCCGAGCAGAACUACCCAGGUACCUGGUACCGGGACUUUCAUCGUGCAGACCUGCAGAAAUGCCUUGUCAAUCGGGCUUUAGAGCUCGGUGUUAAGAUAACGUGCAACUCAAAAAUCGUCAAUGUUCACGUUAGCCCAGAUGGAGCAACUGCAACUGUUAUCGCCACGAGUGGAAGACGAUGGGAAGGAGAUCUAGUGCUCGGGGCAGACGGAGUAUUUGGAAAACUGACAGAAGAGCUGCUUGGGCGUAGUGAUCCGCCCGUAAAAACGGGUGACCUUGCAUACCGUCUACUUUUAUCUACGGAUGAAAUGCGCAAGGAUCCUGAGCUUGCGCCGUUCGUGAACGACCCCCAAGUUAAUUAUUGGCUGGGUCCCGAUGCUCAUGCUGUGAACUAUGUUCUCCGUGGAGGCGAUCUCUUCAACAUGGUCCUACUUGUGCCCGACGACAUUCCGGAGGAGUCGCUAGCUUCUACAAUCGAAGGAAAUGUGGAGGAGAUGUGUGCAUUGUUUGCUGGUUGGGACCCAACGAUUCAAAAAUUAUUGAAGCUCUGUCAAUCUGUACAAAAAUGGCGUCUUUGUAUCCGGUUCGGAGACUUUGAUUGGGCACAUCCGUCUGGGGCAUGGGUCAUGAUAGGUGACGCAGUACAUGCUACUUUGCCAUAUCUAGCAUCGGGCGCGGGAAUGGCCUUCGAAGAUGGCGCAGUUCUCGGUGAAUGUCUCUCACGACUCCCCAACAGGCCUCAAAUUACCAAAUUGUCCUCUGAAUUUCUCAGCGCAAAACGGCAUGCCCUGUCUGUUUUCCAAGAAUGUCGCAAACAGCGCACAAAAAUGGUUGUUGAACGUGGCAACCUUCAGCAAUACCUAUAUCACCUCCACGAUGGUCCAGAGCAACAAGAAAGGGAUCGAAAGAUGCAGAUGGUGCCCACGCCAGAAGGGGAGGCAUUGGCCUGGAGAGACCCCAGUCUAGCUCCCAUGCUUUUGGGCUACGAUCAUAUUGCAGAUGUUGAUCGGUGUUGGGGGCUUUCUCAGGCCGCUGCUGAUGUCAUAGAGUCUCGUCUGUAG